AUUUCCCUCCUUCGGUUAAUCUUUCUGGACUUGCCGGUUUUACCAGCUCGAAGGCCAAAACGUUUCUUUUGCGAGCGGGAAAAGGAGGUUCGUUUGGCCUUCUCUUUCAACUUCAAAGGCAAAUCCUGCGCAGAAAAGAUAUUCAUUUUCGGGUUUUCUGGGUGUUUAUCACUGUUGAUAGCAUAGCAUCUUCAUCUAGUUUCUCUCUCCCUGAAGGGGUGCGGCUAGAUAAAGACGUUACCACAAUGCCAAAUAAAGCAUCCGCCUUGCGAAGCACUGUCAUUUUGUUACUUUUGCAGGUUUUGAAUUUGAUCAAUGUCGGUGAUGUCAGUUGUAAAUCUACAAUCGAGCCCUGCUCCAACUCUGACUCCUGCAAUGCUCUGCUCGGAUAUACCCUCUACACUGACCUAAAGGUCUCUGAGGUGGCCUCCCUCUUUCAAAUCGACCCAAUUGCUCUUCUCACUGCUAAUGCCAUUGACAUUUCUUAUCCCGACGUGGAGCAUCACAUUCUUCCCUCUCGGCUCUUCCUCAAAAUCCCUAUGACUUGUUCGUGUGUUGAUGGAAUUCGCAAAUCAGUAUCGACCCACUACAAAACUCGUCCCUCUGAUACUCUAUCUUCGAUCGCGGAUUCAAUAUAUGGGGGUCUGGUGUCUGCUGACCAGCUUAGGGAAGCCAAUUCGAUAAGUGACCCUUCUGUACUGGAUGCGGGUCAGAAUCUUGUGGUGCCGCUACCAUGCACUUGCUUCAAUGGUACCGAUAACACUUUGCCUGCAAUCUACCUGUCGUAUGUGGUCCAGCCAAUCGAUACUUUGGCCGCGAUCGCCGCGAGGUAUUUCACCACUCUGACUGACUUGAUGAACGUCAAUGCCAUGGGAAGUUCAGCUAUCAACGAUGGCGAUAUUCUCGCUAUACCCAUACCCGCUUGCGCGUCAAAUUUCCCAAAAUUUGCCUCUGAUCAUGGCCUGCUUGUACCUAACGGAAGCUACGCCGUCACAGCUGGUCACUGUGUACUAUGUAGCUGUGGGCCACGAAAUUUAAAUUUAUACUGUAUGCCUGCUUCUCUGGCUGUUUCUUGUUCAAGCAUGCAAUGUAAAAGAAGCAAUCUCAUGCUCGGAAAUGUUACAGCCCAACAGGGUGGUGGCGGCUGCAGUGUUAAUUCUUGCAAUUAUAACGGUUUUGCUAAUGGCACUAUAAUAACAGCGUUGUCUACAUCUCUUCAACCUCGAUGUCCUGGGCCGCAGCAAUUUCCUCCACUCACGGCACCGCCUACUACAGUUCCGAGAGCUUCAAUAUUUGCGCCAGCACCAUCACCUGUGUCAAAUGGAGCUGGUCCUUUAUCACCCAAAUCAUCAGUGGUACCGGCGACGGGGUCAUUUCCAGGGGUCCACCCUGCAAAUGGCCCGAUUAGUGGCCUUACUUCUGGUGCUUCCCAUGCUUGCUCUUUAGUGAAUCCUUUGCCUGCUUUGACAUCUUCGCUUGUGUUCUUGCUUGUCAAGUUGAUGAUCUCCAUGGGAUUGUAAUUUAUAGUCUCAGUUUUGAGCCAAGAUGGUGUGUCUCCUUUGUCUUAGUUUCAAAUAUCUAUCUUUAGUUGCAUUUCCUUCCUCUUUUUGCUUUGGCUAUAUUUGUACGAAACGGGUCCUUUAGUGGUUAUUAUUGUAACUCACCGAAUUUAGUGACCAAAUUGCGCGGGGUGGAUGCUUUGUUUAAGGCGAAUUGGAAGUUGGUUUCUGACUUUCUGUAGCACGGUCAGCUUCAGAUAUGUAACUUCGUCAAUAUUUGCUCGUGA